UUCUCUCUGACUGUGGGAAGGUGGUCCUCCUAGGCGAAAAACACCGUCCAGAAAAGCAAAAACUUUGCAUGUUUUUGUAAAGUCUCUUCAGCUUCAAAACACACUAUGAAACUACGGAAUUGACACAAAAUUUCGCUAACAAAUGAAGUGACGGAUUUGACUUGUUUGUCCUCGGGAGUAAAGUUUGGAAACUACGAGUUGAAAAUGGAGAGCCCAGCUGAGUGAGAGUGGGGUGAGGAGGCUGGAUUUGGCAAAGUUGGGAGUCCUGCCCUGUUGCUAGCAGGCUAGUUAGCAUGCUAAGACACUUCGUUAUCUCGGAUAAGUAAUGAGAGCUCCCCUCCGCUGCUCUCCAGACUGUGAUUCUACAGGGGAGCUGCUUUAUCUGUGGCUGCUGACAUUGCAGCUUCCAUCAAUGUAUCGUAGUGUAGAUGAUCUUAUUUUCUGUGGAAGUUCUGCUUGAAUCUUUCUGCCUUUCACCUCAAGUCAACCACACAUAAACCUGUUUCGGGAACUUCUCUCCCUCCCCUGCCCUGAUAAAUUAUUUUUGUCCCAAGAGCAUCUGUACUAGCUGUGCUACUGCAGUUUUCAAUCAAACAUUCAACAUAUUUCUUCCUCUGAGAUGGGGCCCUGGUUGGUUCUUCAAGGGGCUUGAGGUACCCCCCAGCCUGCCGACUGUGCAGUGUGUUUGAGGCCUGAGGCACAGGGCCAUAAAAGAACACUGUUACAAAAGACAACCAGUGAUACAGUACUUGCUGAUGGAGCCCAGACACACACCGUGCUUGCCCAGAAUAUAUUCAUGAACUUUGGGACUUUUUUAACCAGACUUAAGUGGAUGUAUCGGGUGUAUUCGUGACUGCUGAUGCCAGCUCGUUGGGACUUGAGUGGGUGUAAUCAGCUUUAUUCAUGAACCCUCUGUCUGAGUGUGGCCACAGACUGGAUGUUGGAUGCCCUGAGUGUUGAAUCAGCUGUUGCGGUGAUGAAGCAGGGCUCCUGGGGGCCUGUGUGGCUGGCUGGGCAGCGGCCCAAGGUGAUGUGAUGGGGUGCAGGAACAGUAAGGUCCUCCCUGAGCCUCCAGGGGAUGUUCAGUUGGACCUCGUCAAAAAGGUUGAUCCUCCCCAGCCUCUUCAGACAGAUAUCUAUAAGCACUUCAUACGAGGGGAUGGCACUAGGAGCAAGAUGGGCGGGGCUGGUGGAGGGGGUGGCGACAAGGUUGAUCCCACCUCUCCCUAUCAGGCCCAGUCCCAAGCUGCAACUCCCACCGCUUCUGCCCAACCCCCUAAGGACCUGUCCGAUCUGUCGGACCCUCAGCGGAAGAAGGUGGCAAAAUACCGAGCCAAGUUUGACCCCCGGGUCACGGCCAAGUACGACAUCAAAGCUCUGAUAGGCCGCGGGAGUUUUAGCCGGGUCGUUCGAGUGGAGCACAAGAGCACGCGGCAGCCGUACGCAAUCAAGAUGAUCGAGACCCGUUACCGGGAGGGGAGGGAGGUGUGCGAGUCAGAGCUGUGUGUUUUGCGCCGCGUCCGUCAUACCAAUAUCAUCCAGCUGAUGGAGGUGUUUGAGACAGCAGAACGUGUGUACAUGGUCAUGGAGUUGGCCACCGGUGGUGAGCUAUUCGACCGCAUCAUCGCUCGUGGCUCCUUCACAGAACGUGACGCCACGCGGGUGCUGCAGAUGGUUCUGGAAGGCGUCAAGUACCUCCACACUUUGGGGAUCACUCACCGAGACCUGAAGCCGGAGAACCUGCUCUACUACCACCCUGGAGCUGACUCCAAAAUCAUCAUCACCGACUUCGGUCUGGCCAGCAGCAGGAAGAAGGGGGACGAGUGUCUGAUGAAGACCACCUGCGGCACGCCAGAGUACAUCGCCCCUGAGAUCCUGGUGAGGAAGCCCUAUACGAACGCUGUAGACAUGUGGGCGCUGGGGGUGAUCUCGUACAUCCUGCUGAGUGGAACCAUGCCCUUCGAGGACGACAACCGCAUGAGGCUGUACCGGCAGAUCCUCAAGGGGAAGUACAGCUUCUCUGGAGAGCCGUGGCCCAAUGUGUCCAACCUGGCCAAAGACUUUGUGGAGCGGAUCCUGAUGGUGGACCCGAGCGAGCGGCUCACCGCGGGUCAGGCCAUCAAGCACCCCUGGGUGGUCAGCAUGGCUGCCUCCUCCUCCAACAAGAACCUCCAGCGCUCCAUAUCUCAGAACCUCCUGAAGCGGGCGUCCUCGCGCUGCCACAGCACCAAGUCGGCGCAGUCCACCCGCUCCAGCCGCUCCACCAAAUCCAACAAGGCCCGGCGGGUUAGAGAGAAGGAGCUGCGGGAGCUGAACCGCCGCUAUCAGCAGCAGUACAAUGGCUGAAACUGGGACCGCAACCUUAUACUUUAGGGGGAAACAGCACUACAAUGACUGACAUUUUCAAAAUGACCACCACCGUUCGAAGUUGCCGCCAGUGUUUGAGGCUAAAGUGGGAAAUUAUACUUAUACAAAAAGACCAAAAUGGAUGAAAAGUAGCCGCUGCCAUUUGAGAAUUCCUCUUGCAGCGAGUCUUUGAAUGACAGAAAAAGACAAACCACAGAAGUUCUGAACUCCAAGGGUUACAUCAUCUCUCCAUCCAUUCCUUUAAUUUUUUCUGUGGAAGGAUGGUGCCUUCCACUCUUUGUGCUUUUCUUACAAUCCCUGUGUCUCUACAUAUUUAUUUAUUAUUGUUGACAUGAUAAUUAGUCUCCAUUCAAACGGUCACUGGAUAAUGACCUUCUGUGAGGAUCUGUUGAACAGAGUUCUGGGUUACUGACGUUUCUAAGAAGAAAGGGGAUUCCCCUCGGUCAUUCCUGAUUGGAAAUUGCUGUGAAUUUAUUAUUGUACAAACCUUGUCUUAAGAUGCGGGUGACGCAAGCACACUGCUACCAAACCACACCCUCGAAGGUCAAAAUGAAGACUGUUUUAGUCUAAGCUUAUCUACUCUUGCCAUUAUUGCUCUGUCGAUAUCAUUGUUCUAAAACUGUCAAAAGAUUGUGAAGCUGUUUUGUGUGAAAUCUUCAAUGUGUUGUAUUAGACAAUAGGCCACACAGCCCCGCGCCCAAUGACUUCUACAGGUUAUGAUCCCGUUGAAUUGUAAAGCAGUAUUCUAAUAAUUCACUGUCUUUGUGAAGGUAAGAGUCUCUGCUGUUUGUUGCACCAGCUCUUUGUAAGGUACAUUUUAGCUUAGCCCUAACAUACAUUUUUAUUAGGUAGAGAUUUAUGCAACUUAAUUAAAGCAAGUUGCAAAACACAAAGUGAUUCUUCCUAAAAAAAAACAGCUGAUACCAAAUAUGCACUACUACAUGUUAGCUAGCUUAUAAGGGACAUAAAUAAUAAACAAAGCUAUCUGACCCGACAGCUUACAAUAAAAACAUUUGAAGUGGAAAGAAAACGUACAUUUCCUGAAAAUAAUUCUAAAUGUUAUCUGCCAAAACAGUAUUGAUUAAAGCUAGUUUAGCAUUAGCUGGUAGUGCUACUAACUCUGAAACAGUCUUUUAAUGCCGAUGGUGCUUUUACAUCCUCCCAAGGCCCCAUUUCCCGAGUUGGGAAGUAUUUCUCUUAAUUUCAUAUGUGUUCAGGAGCAUGGAAGAAUAAGAUAUGGUAUUUUUUCCUCUGAAUGUUUAAAGAACAGCUGUUUCUAUGUUGUAGUGCCAAGUUUAUGAGAAAUUUCCCUGUCGGGAAUUUAUGCUUAUGCUAGUGAAACAUGUUUAUGUUAACAUAAAAGGUUCUUCCUUGGACCAUACUACAGCCUACCACCAAUGCUCUUUGAAAUGUGGCCUGUAGUUUUUUCAGUUUAAUCCUACACAAACAAACCAAGCCAAAAAAAAAGGCCGACGUAACAAACAAAUCAAUACCCUAACAAACAGAUUUAAUAUAUUUUGGAAGUAUCUUCCUGAUUCUACGCACAUUACUGAAGUCUCUACAAGAUUUUUCUUAAGUUACUCAUGGAUUUACAAACAGCUAGUGAAACCCAACCUGAGGCAUGCCAUCAUUCGUAGCUAGCCUCUGUGAAUGUCAUUUUAACAAAGAAAUAAUUGUGUUUUUCAGUAUUUCCUGACAUUUUAAAGGCUAGAUUUCAAUUGAGUACACAACAGGACAAAAAAACAUGAUUCUUCUUGUUUUUUAAACUACCAAGUUAGAUGUAGAAUCUAGUGGAGCAGAGGCUAACCACUAGUUUUCAGUGAUAACAUAUAACAGCAACUCUUACGCAGAAAAACAGUCCUCAGUUUAUAAACUACACUUAUGACCAACAUGAAGGAAACCACUGAAGACAACGUGGAGCUUGUAGAGGUAUAACAUAUGAUUAUAAAAAAAUAUGAAGUACAGAACCUUUCAAAGGCUACCAUGCAAGUUUCCUUAGUUCCUUUUGCCUGUAAAUGCACUUAAAUCUGAACAUAUUCCACAGGCUUGCCUAGAGCUCUACUUUAUCAAAUCCACUUUAAUGAAGGACAAAACAAUAUAUCUGUCUAUUGCUUACAAAAUGAAGUUUAGUUACUAUUUGGUUACUUAGAGCCUUUAAAAUAAGGACAUUAAUCUGAAUCAACACUAGACUAGGGAUUUUGUUUGGGUAUUAUUCUGCUAUAGUUUAAUUGGUAAAAGGCUGCAUUACAGAGAAGUGUCAUUUCUAAACUGUUAAAUCAAAGUGAAAUGAAUAAUGAAUACAUCCUCCUGUUUGGUUAUCUUGUCAUUGUUUAAAUGAUUGAUUGAUUUCUUUAAAAAGCACUUAACAGUUCAAAUGUGUCCAUCUCUCUUAAAUCGGACCUGUCAACUGUGUUUUUAUAUAUUUUGUCCCUUCAGAAAUCUCCCAGAGUGAAGCAGUUGCUACAGUGUGGUCUUUUCUCUUUACUGGAGCAUUUUUGCUGUGAUCUACCCCAGACUUAUGACAUGUGUUGCUGUUGUGAACUUUUUAACACAUACUGGAAACCUAACCGAGCCAUGUCAGCUGACCUCAGUUUUUCCUUUUUAUUUGUCUAUUUUUCUUUCAUUACUACCAAGAUGUUAUUUCAUUUCUCCAUUUUCCUCGAUGAAAGAUUGAUUUAAAACCGUAUAUUCUUCUGUCCCACUGCUGUUAUCCCUGAUGUCUCACCUCUAAAUUGUUUAUAUAGACUGCAAGUGAGGCUAGUAUUGGAACCGGUACGCUCAAAUCUUAACUGUCUUUAUUUUGAUAGAUAUUCCAGCCAAAAUCACUCUUUUUUUUAAUAUCUAACACACUCUGUCGGGUGUUUUGGGUGAGGUAUCACUCAUAAGGUGGCCUACAUUCUAGUGGUUAGUUCAUCAAUAGUGUCAGUGUGAAGUAAACAUUUUGAACACGUGUUGUUAGUCACAAAGUAAUCGUUUGGACUCGAAGGAAUUGCUGUGGAUGACGUAGUCAGCAACAUUGUUUAGUGCCUUUUUGUAUAAAAUGUUCAACAAAUAACCAAAUCAGUUCAUUAGCAGAAUGUCAGCACAUUUGUUAAAGUGUUUCAUUUCAUGUUUUUAUAUAUCUGUGUGAUUUUAUAUAAAUGCUGUUGUCCUAAAUGAAAUAGCCAACUCAUCACUGUUACCUGAAAACAGUGUUUUUUUGUUACUGUGUGUCUAAAUGAAUGAUAACACUUUGAUUCUUCUACCAUUAACUUUUUUAUUUUUUUAACGGUGAGUUGUAUGUGCCAAUAAAACACUCGAACCUGA